CUGUGCUCACCAUUAGGAAUGCCUACAAUUGGCUAUACAUUUCCAUUUAGCAAACUAUAAAAAGGCAUCAAAAAAAGUUAUCAAAAACUAAUACUAGUACUUCAAAAACUUUCAGAUAGCCUACAAAGCUUGCAUACAAUGGCACACAGAAAGUUAACGGUGCUGUUCGCGCCCAUGCAGUUCGUGGGUCCAGUGAACUCCAGUAUAGGUAUGGCCGAAGUGUUGCGAGACAUCGGUCGACACCACUGUGUGUUUGCCGUCAAAAGUGAUUGGAAGUCACGGCUCGAGUCCAUUGGGUUUGUGGUGAAACUUAUCGGUGAAGAGGUGGCCAGGGAUGUAGUGGUCACCGACUCAGCCGAUACUAACGUGGCUCAGGCUGAGAAAUGGGGUGUCUUUAGGAAUGUGGAUCCAUUGGAACAGCUUAUAAACAAUGGCAAAGCAAUGGACAACUUGACGGAUUUUGUCGAAACUGAUGGCUAUCUGAAGACUAUUAUCUCAGAUGUCAAACCGGAUGUCAUAAUUAGCGACCAUAUGACCGUAUACCCAUCUAUGGAGACAUCGGGCAUACCCUGGAUAUUCUUUUGGAGCGCUAAUCCAUUAUCACUAGACUAUGGGUAUCCGGAUGAACGCCUCCCGCCCUCAAUAUUAGGAUUGCCGACAAAUACUGAGACAGAAGUGAAGGAGAAAUACAGACAACGGAUUAAUGCGGCAAAGAGUGAGUCGUGGUAUAGAUAUAGGGAUCAAUUGGUUUCAAUGGGUGGCACCGCACCAAAAGAGUUCUUAAUGUGGACCCCAUCCCCCUUUGCCAACCUAUAUAUGACUCCUAAGGAACUGGAUUAUACGGAUGUCAGACCACUUCCCGACAAUUUCUAUGCGUUUGAUUGUUUCAAACGCAGUGGAAAUGACGAUAACUUUGAAAUACCGGAAACUCUUAAGAAUAGAGCUCAUGAAGAGAUUGGUUGCGAUUUUGUCCAAAUCUAA